AUGUAUAAAGAAUAUGGAGUGCAGUUGAACUAUACUCAAGCAUAUAGGGUCAAGAAGAGAGCAUUAAUGGAAUUACAUGGUCGAGUAGAAGAUUCUUAUAAGGUAAUUCCUGGGAUGUGUGAGAGACUAAUAGAAAUUGAUCCUGAUAUAAUUGCAAGAUGGGAAGGCUCAGAUAGCAAUCGAUUUGAGAGGCUAUUCAUUGCAUAUGAAUGCUCAAUUAAAGGCUUUGUCCAAGGUUGCAGACCAAUUGUUUAUAUAGAUGGAUGUCAUUUGAGUGGUUCUUACAAAGGAACUUUAUUAUCAACUUGUGCAUUUGAUGUAGACAAUGAGUUGUUUCCCUUAGCAUAUGGUAUUGUUAGCAGAGAAACAAAUGAUGAAUGGGCUUGGUUUCUACAGAAUCUGAAGGAGAUAACCAAAUCAGCACAAGUGACGAUUGUCUCAGAUCAGAGUAAUGCUAUCAUUGGUGCUAUUAGGACAGUAUUUGAUGGUGAGAGACAUGCUUUUUGCUAUCGACAUGUGAAAGAAAAUUAUAGUGCACAGUAUGUGAAAAUCAAUAGAGAUGUGAGACAAACCUCAGAAAAUAACAAGGAGAAUGCACUUAAUUUACUUGAUGAAAUCACAUAUGCAAGGCAUAACAAUGAGUUUAAUGUUGCAAUGGGAAAUUUAAGAUUGUUUUGUCCAUAA